AUGCCCGUCGCGACCCACGCCGUAGUGGGUCAUUCCGCGAUACAUACCCCAGAUCCAGAUGAUCUCCUAUUAUCACCACCAGAAAUACAGCGAAGCAAAUCAGUGAAGCCCAGAUUUAGUAUUAUAGUUCACCAAGUACCAACUGAAGAUUUUGACUUAGACAGAGAAAAGAAAGAAGGAAUCGCAAAGAUUAUGGAAGAGAAUGACCUCGCUAAGAAAGGAUUUAAAAUAGAAGAUAUUAUAUGGCUAAAGAAAAAGGACAGACCACUAGGAAGAUUAGCAUCAAUAGGUGUCUAG